AAACGCCAUUAUCUUAUCUAGAUACACAAGAUCUAUGAACGCAAAAAUCACAUCGUGUAUGCCGUGGCCUUUAGUUUUCAUUGCACGUGCCUCUGAUGGGUUUACUCCGAUUUCUACCAUCGCGUAGCGAUUGAAGUAAUGUUAAAAAAAGAAGAUUUAUUAAUCAUGAAUACGAUGAAGCAAGAAACGCAUCGACCAGGUGUAUUUAAACAAUCUAAUAAGCAACACAAGACUGGAAGACAUCGUAGUAAAAGUGUUAUCAAUAACGAGCUUAAAGGUAAACAAAAUAUCAAAACAUCAUUGAAACAUCUCAAGAAAAGUCUUCAGAGGGAUGCACGUAGAAACCAAUUGUUGCAAAUCAGAAAAAAGAAACGCGAGGAAGUACUAAUGCAAAAGAGAAAUCUUGGCGGUUCUCAUUCUGCGCCUAUCCUUAUUUGUAUUAUACCCUUGCAAAGUGAUAUAAAUGUUCAGAAUAUUAUGUCUGUUAUAACUAGUAUAGAUGAAACUGCUAAUAUUACUACCAGUCCAUGUGGGAUCACGCAUAUAGGGGUACCAAGGAUGAAACAACGGUUUUCCAUUAUUGUACCAUCAGUAGGUAAUGUUUUAGCAACAUUAGAUGCAGCCAAAGUUGCUAAUACGAUACUUUUUAUAACUUCUGUCGCUUGUCAAUCAAAUAGUGAUAUGGAAAGAGAAAUUGUAGACGAAUGGGGUAAAAAGAUUAUUGUGGCUUGCCUUGCUCAAGGUUUACCUACUACUAUGUUUGCAGUACACAAUAUUCAGAGACUUCACAUUAAAAAACGUCAGGAAUAUAAACAAUCUGUGCAACGUGCUAUUUCUAAAUGGCUUCCUGAUGAGAAAGUAUUUGAAUUAGACACUGCGGACGAUUGCUUGAAUAUGUUACGUCGUGUUGGAUCACAAAAACAAAGAAAUGUAUUUUACAAAAGUAUAAGGCCACAUCUUUUAGCCGAAGAAAUUUCCUUCAAAUCUAAUGAAGAUUCACUAGAUUUUGGAACUCUCUCGGUCACUGGAUAUGUGCGAGGCAUAACAUUGUUGUCUGUUAAUAAUUUGGUUCACAUACCUGGCUUCGGUGACUUUCAAAUGUCGUGCAUCAAAGUAUCAGAUGAUCCAUAUGAAAUUAUAUAUACUAACCACAAGAAACGUUCUUUUAAUGAUGAGACGAAAACAAAAGAAAAAAACAAAACACAAGUAAUCCUAUAUACCGCAGAUCCUGAGAAACAGGAAAGUCUCGAAAGUGAAUAUAUUCUUGACCCAAUGGAUGCUGAACAAACGUGGCCCACAGAAGAGGAAUUGGCUGAAGUAGCCGCCAAUAGAAAGAGAAAAAUUGUAAAAGUUGUACCAAAAGGAACUUCUGAAUAUCAAGCUGCAUGGAUACCGGACGAAGAGGGAGAAAGCCUUAGUGCAUGUUCAGAGGAAUUGGAAGACAAUAUGUCUGUGGAAGAAGCAAGAUCUGAAAUAGACAGUAAUACAGAUUUGGAAGAUGACGAAGAGUAUGAAACUAUUACGAUAUCAGAAGCGGCAAUGAAUGAGGCGCAUUAUGACGAAGAUAUCGAUAUGCUUGAAGAGAAACAAGCCAUGGAAAAGUUUAAAGAGGCAAAAUUGGACGCACAAUUUCCGGAUGAAGUAGAUACACCCCAGGAUACAUUAGCUAAAACGAGAUUUCAGAAAUACCGAGGUCUUGAGUCGUUUCGUACCAGUCCAUGGGAUCCAAAGGAAAAUCUUCCCGUCGAUUAUUCUCGGAUAAUUGAGUUUGCAGACUAUGAUCGCAGACGAAAACGUAUUUAUAAGGAAUGCGAAGAUAUCGAAGAAGCUGUAUGGCCAGGAAGAUAUGUAACACUUGAUAUCAUUGGCGUUAGUAGGGAAACAUUUAAAGCAUUUGCUACGAUAGUGAAUCAACCAUUAAUAGUGAUUGGUCUACUUCCAUAUGAACACAAAAUGUCUCUAUUAAACGUCGUACUAAAACAUUUAAAUAAUUACACAUUACCGAUUAAAUCAAAGGAGAGAUUGGUAUUUCAGUGUGGAUUUAGACGAUUUAUGGCAUGUCCAAUAUUCAGUCAACAUACAAAUGGCAGUAAGCAUAAGUACGAAAGAUACUUUCAUCCUGAUAAUACUGUUGUGGCAAGUAUGUUCGCACCAGUUACUUUUUCACCAUGUCCAAUACUUUGUUAUGUUGAAAAUAAAGGAGAGCUUGAAUUAAUCGCAACAGGAAAUGUGUUAUCUUGCAAUCCUAAUAGAAUUGUCUUGAAACGAUCUGUUCUAAGUGGUCAUCCAUAUAAAGUAAAUAAGAGAUCGGUGGUUGUGCGUUUCAUGUUUUUUAAUCGCGAGGAUAUCGAGUGGUUCAAGCCUAUUCAAUUAAGAACAAAAUAUGGACGUAGAGGUCAUAUAAAGGAACCUCUUGGUACACACGGUCAUAUGAAGUGUAUAUUCAAUGGUCAGCUAAAAUCUCAAGAUACAAUUUUAAUGAAUUUGUACAAACGAGUAUUUCCAAAGUGGACUUAUGAACCUUUAUUAAUAACGCAAUUAUCUUGUCAAUCUGAAGCCAUGCAGACAGAGUAAACUUUAUUCAUAGAAUUAA